AGACAUUUGGCGACAUCUAAGUUUGAGCCCACCCACGCACGCCAAGCCUUCCCUUGUUUGGACGAACCCAACAUGAAGGCAGAGUUCACCAUCACCUUGGUCCACAGGCCUGAGUACAUCGCCUUGUCCAACAUGCCGCAAGACGGACAAGUGAGUCUAUAUAGACAGCUAGGGCGAUUUGUGGUACCGGAGUCCUUUACUUCAUGUUUGGUCCAAAUGGCUAAAAGCUCAAAAAAAGACUCACUGAGUCCCCACCCCCCCCCCCCCCCCCCACCAAACCACCACCAUCACCAUCCCUGAACGAAAACAAACCAAAAAAAAAACAAAAAACAAAAACACAGAAAAUAGCUUACAUGAGAAAAUACUUCAUGCGCGAUGCCUUCUCUCAAUGGGGAAAUGGUUGGGGGAAAAAAACACCUCUCACCAUGGGGACACAGAGCAAUAAUCUCCACGUCAUGUUAAACGUGUCAUGAGAAAUAGCAUUAUGGCAGCAUUCGCUUUACUUUCAGCGUUGAUGACUUGAUGCCAAUCAAUGUGAAUCUUCACCACACGAGAACCGUCCCGUUCAUGCUCCACUAAGAAUAGUUCACUAUAUGCGAAAACAGCUUAAAAUCACAGAAGGUCUUAAUGUGGUUCCUAAGUACAUUGGUUUAACAUGUAUUUUUAGAAACAUUGUAAACAUAUCCAGAUAUGUUUUAAAAGACAGAUACUGGUGGUAAUACAAGCUGCUUGCCUUGACUGACAAUUACAAUUUUUUUUUAAAAAAGCUAUCUUGGUGGGUAACCGACCUAGGUGUACACGUGACACAAUCUAAAAAUACCACAAAGUACUCUAUAUAUAAAUACAACCCUGGCUUUUUUUUUCCAUCCUACAGUCAACUGAGCCCACGGACCGUCCAGGAUUUGUGAAGACGAAAUUCGGGCGUUCCGUUAAGAUGAGCACCUACCUCUUAUGUUUCAUUGUUUGUGACUUCAAUUACACGGAGACACGGUCCAACAGUGGGACGCCUGUAAGCUAUGCGUUGGUUUGUUCGUUUCUCACUGUGUGAUUCUUAGCAAUGACAGUACCAUUAAAUCCUAACCAUCUCAAAGGGCAUAUGCUUAAAGCCCAAGAAUUCUCAUAACAAAUCGGACAAUUCUUAACAUCAUAAUUUGUCAGUCUUUUUUAAAAUCACAUUUGUAAUUAAUUAUGGUUAUCCCAAUAAGAUUAGAGAUGUAGGCUUAAUCUUUUAGUGGCCAAGAAUGGCCUCAGUCACAAAUAAUAAUUCUCUAUUAUAGCUAUGUAUGUAUGUAAGUACGAAUGGCUGUAUCGCUAUGUUCACUAGUCGCGCAAAAUAAAAAUCUCGAUAACUGCACGGAACAGAGUGCACAUUUGUCUUAAAUAGACACUAUAGAUAAAAUUCCCACCAUUAAAAUUUAAAUGGAAUUCUAAAAAAAAUAAAAUAAAAUAACGGUAAUUUUUAAAUCUAUUUUUUAUUUUACGAAAAUCGAUUCACUUUAAAUCUGACAAAGUGCGUUACUCGAACGCAUGUUUUAUAGGAACUGCUCAUUCCUGCCUGAGACAACCAGGGAUUGGAACGAGCUUUCAAAAGGAACAGUUGAGGCGACAACACUUGACACAUUUGCGUCUAUUGCCUCAAGCCUUCCAAUCCUCAGUGCAUGAUUUCCUUCACAAAGUAGCACUUGCAAUCAGUGAAAUAUCCUCAUCAACACCAGGCACAGAACAUUGCAUAGGAGCCAAAAUGAUCAAUACAUUGAUCGUGGGCCCUUAAUAUGUAGAGGAAGAAGUAACUUUAGUAGAUGUGAAGUUCACGAAUUCCGCCGCCAUUUCUUGACGGGUUAUUUCUAGUAAUCAUGCAUUACCAGAUACUGGGAGGAGGUAUAAGGCAAAUUAUAACACAUGUCAGUCCCCUAGUCUUUAACUUAAGAUUACUCAAAUGUAUUGACAUUAUUACCCCCCAUCUAACUUUUUAUUUUAAUAUACGAUGAAUGUAAUUCAGAUUAAAACAGCAAACAUGAUGUAUUUUUUAGCAUCUUUAAUACACUACGAGUUAUCUUCAACUCUGAUCUAGAUAAGAGUUUUUGCAACACCAGACAAAGUGGACCUAACUGUUUACGCCCUGGAAGUAGCGACAAGAGUUAUAGACAGUUUUGGGACUUUGUUCAAUAUAACAUACCCAUUGCCAAAACAAGGUAGUUUGUUUAAUAUUAAUAAACACCCUACUUUUUAGUAUUAAAAUGGUGACAUUUUAAUUAUCGAUCCUAGUGGAAUUUUAAAAAAAAAUUUAAACAUCAAAUGCUUAAGAAAUUCCGGUUGAAGUGACUUAACUCUUUAAUUAGGCAGAACACUAAAAUCUUUUUUCAAAAAAGUAGAUCUGAGCACACCCUCCUACCCGUUCACUCAACCGCAGAGCAGGUUUUCUUUAAGCUAUAUCUCCGGGAGGGCACUGCCCCCCCCCGCGAAAGCCAGUGCCCCCCCCCGGAGCAAAAAUAUUUCCAACAAUAAACCAACUGGCACUGCUGGCACUGCCCCACCCGAAAAAAGCUGAAGGGCACCCCGGGGGGGGGGGGAAUUUCUGAAAUAAUCACUGCCGCAGAGCAGACGCGGUCAGCAUCGAUAAUUAGCCAGUGUCCACCCGCAUCCGUCGACCCAGAAUUCUUUUCCAACCGUUCACCAGACGAACACUGCACGAGAAACCUGACAUGUUCAAGCGUGUACACACGAAAAACAAACACAAAAUAACAUUCCAUCCACACACAAGAUGGAGAUGCGAGUAGAACGAAAGUUUUUUUUUUUUUAAAGGGAUCCAAUUUAAAAAUAAAAUUCGUCUUCGUAGAAAUGCACGGCUUAUCCUGCUGCUAAAGGGGGGGGGGGAUUUACCCCCCUAGGACCACUAAUGGCUGUGCCUCUAUGCUAUUGCAUACUUGCAUCAUCCUUCAGAUCUCAUCGCCAUUCCUGACUACAAGACCGGGGCCACCGAAC